AUGGGUCGAUCGAAGCAGAAGAAGAAUGGAGAGAAAUUCAAAAAAGAGACGAAAGAGGAACGACGAAUCCGACUGAAGGAACAAGAGGAGGCGAGAGAGCAAUGUUUCAAAAUCCUUCCCUAUGCAGGUGGUGCCAUUGCUAUCUUCUUUCUCCUCUUUGCCAUUUACGUCAAAUCGCGGCCGGCUGCUGUCAGCAGAGCCAGUCAAUAUACUCCCAACAACAAGGCAGAAACGGUGAUCAAUGAAAUUCUAAAGGACAUGCCCAAUGCCAAAGUGACUGUAGAAGGUAGCAAGGUCCACAUUGAAGCGCCGGAAGGAGAAACUCUACCAGGCCUCAAUCCGGUACCUGAAGAUGAAUCAUCCACAGAAACACCCGAGGUGGCACAGGAGGAAGACUCGGGUCCAGUAGAACUAGAAGAAGAAAUUCUACCGGUUACCGAAGAAGCGGCACCUGAACAUGUAGAAACACCCGAGGUGGCACAGGAGGAAGACUCGGGUCCAGUAGAACUAGAAGAAGAAAUUCUACCUGUCACCGAAGAAGCGGCACCUGAACAUGUAGAAACACCUGAGGUGGCACAGGAGGAAGACUCUGGUCCAGUAGAACUAGAAGAAGAAAGUCCACCGGUCACCGAAGAAGCGGCAUCUGAACAUGUAGAAACACCUGAGGUAGCACAGGAGGAAGACUCUGGUCCAGUAGAGCUAGAAGAAGAAAUUCUACCGGUCACCGAAGGAGCGGCACCUGAACAUGUAGAAACACCCGAGGUGGCACAGGAGGAAGACUCUGGUCCAGUAGAGCUAGAAGAAGAAAGUCCACCGGUUGCCGAAGAAGCGGCACCUGAACAUGUAGAUUCACUCGAGGUGGCACAGGAGGAAGACUCUGGUCCAGUAGAAACAGGAGAAGAAAAUCCACCGGUUGCCGAAGAAGCGGCACCUGAAGUUGAAUCAUCUACCGAAGCACCUGAGGUAGUGAAGGAAGACUUGGGUCCAGUAGAAACAGCAGAAGAGCAAGCGGAACUAUGA